CAAACAACAAAGAACCCUUCCUUAAAUUCUGUACUCUUAAUUCGAGUCUGAAAAGUACGUACGCGGGUCAGUUACGUACAAUAUAAUGGUGUGUUUUUGCUUUUUGGUGGAUCAGAAGAGGAUGAUGAGGCAGAGUAAGCCAGUAGCUGGUUCGUGUUCGCGUUGCGGCCAUGGCGCUCAAGUUGCUGAAAUGACAACUGCUACCAGAUUUUGUUACGUUCCCUUUUACUGGAAGUCUUGGAAAGCUAUUAUCUGUUGUUUCUGUGGUGCCGUUCUCAAGUCUUACAGAUAAAAUCAUCCGUUUCUCUAUCUUUUUGACUGUACUAGUAUAUGUAAUUAAGUUAUGUAUUUUGUGCGUUCCCCUUAACUGAUCGAAUUAGCAAAUGGAAGUAGAGAGAUAUAAUCUAUAUCUAUAUAUAGAAGAGGGAAUGAGAAAGCUGAUGUGGCACAUCCCAAAUACCAGCAUUCCUAUUUAUUUU